AUGGUUCCGUCGGAGGAGAAAUGCGAGCACACUGCAGCACCCGAUGAUCAUGAGGACCUAGACUUGGUAACGUGGUCCGGACCCGACGACCCAACGAACCCAAAGAACUGGAAAAAGCACAAGAAAUGGACGGCCACUAUCUUGGUCUCAUGUUUCACGUUUAUAUCCCCGGUCUCUUCGACUAUGCUGGCCCCGGCCUUGGACACCCUGGCUGAUGACUUUGACGUCAAAUCUGACAUUGAGACGUACCUUCUCAUGUCCAUCUUUCUACUGGCGUAUGCUGUUGGGCCUUUUGUCCUUGCGCCUUUGUCAGAGAUGUAUGGUCGUGUUGUGGUGCUUCAGUCUGCCAACAUGUUUUACUUGGUCUUCAAUACCAUUUGCGGCUUCUCCACUUCUAAAGAACAAAUGCUUGCAUUCCGGUUUCUCAGUGGUCUUGGUGGAAGCGCCCCUCAAGCUCUUGGCGGUGGCGUCUUGAGUGAUUGUUGGCAAGCCGAAGAGAGAGGUACGGCAACGGCCAUAUACAGUUUGGCCCCCUUCCUUGGACCAGCUGUUGGGCCAAUUGCCGCUGGAUACUUGACGCAAUACCUGUCAUGGCGCUGGAUCUUCUGGACAGUUUCCAUUGCCGAUGCAGUCGUUCAGGUUAUCGCUUUCCUCUUCCUCUCCGAAACAUACGCGCCCAAGAUCCUGGCCGUCAAGGCCAAGAAACUGCGCAAGACGACUGGCAACAAAGACCUGCAUACGGAAUUUGACCAGCCAGACAGGAGCUUUGGCCAGACUCUGCGGAAGAACCUUGUCCGGCCUUUUAGGAUGCUCUUCACUCAGCCGGCAUUGCAGGUCACCGCGGUGUACAGGGCAUAUCUAUAUGGUCUGAUGUAUCUCGUCCUUGCUUCCUUCCCAUUUGUUUGGAGCGAGCAAUACGACCAAGGACCUGGCCCCGCUAGUUUAAACUACAUUUCACUGGGCGUUGGCUUCGUUAUUGGUCUACAAAUAUCCGGCCCCCUCAUCGACAUGGUCUAUCGAAGACUCAAAGCCAGAAAUCACGACACUGGCCUCCCCGAGUUUCGAAUUCCACUGAUGUUCCCCACCGCCAUCGUAACUCCCAUCGGCCUCCUCUUGUACGGCAUCGCGGCACACUUCAAGGUCCACUGGAUUGUACCAAAUAUUGGCGCAGCCAUUCUGGCUGCGGGUCUCAUUCUGUCCUUCCAGUGCGUACAGACGUAUGUCAUCGAUUCUUAUGAGCGGUACGCCGCCAGCGCGGCUGGCGCAGCGGCCUUCGUGCGCACAAUGGCUGGCUUCAGCUUUCCACUGUUCGCGCCAAGGUUGUACGAUGUCUUGGGUAUUGCAUGGGGCAACGUCUUACUCGCGGGUAUCGUCUUCUUCAAUGGCUUGGUUGUGCCGUUUGUCAUGUGGAGAUGGGGCGCUUGGCUCAGAAGCAAGAGCCCAUACUGCGCUGGCUAG